AUGGCAAUACCUGGUGAAAAGCGUUGGUCCAAGACUGGGAUUGAAAUGCUUCUCCUUACCCUCUUUUGUUUAACUUCUCUGAUCAGCAGCAUCAAUGCGGGUUUUUCUUCCCGAAGUUUUAUGUUCAGAAAUGACCAGCAGAGUGGAACAGCCAGUAGCCCUACAGGAUAUAAACGUAUCGAGUGUGGCCUCCGACCAUCUUACGAGUCCUUUCUGGAGACUGGCAAGAGGAUCACAGCGGGGAGAUACGCCAGGGCUGGGGAGUUCCCAUGGCACGUGAGCAUCCAGAGCAACGGGAAACAUAUCUGCGGAGGCACCAUGAUCAGCGCAUUGUGGAUUUUAACUGCGGCCCAUUGCUUUGCAGAAGAGGUGCCACCAGAUCUCACUGUUGUAGUGGGGGGAAUUGACCUCAACCUCCCGCUGGAAGAACAUAAGCCGGACAGCUUGAUCCUCCACGAAAACUUUGACAGAAUGAGCAUGGAAAAUGAUAUCGCUCUGAUCCUGCUCAGCUCUCCCAUCGAGUUCAGCAAUGAGAAAAUCCCCAUCUGCUUGCCCUUCAUAUACGACAUUGAUACGUGGCAACACUGCUGGGUUGCUGGGUGGGGAACCCCAAGUGCAGCGGUUGCGGUGCCAACAUCCCACGUGCUGCAGAAAGCGCGGAUGAAGCUCAUCAGCAGGGAGCAGUGCUUGGAGCGGAUCCCACAGCUAGUGGAGAACGAGCUGUGUGCUGAGCUGGAGGGAGGAGAAAGAGGUGCCUGCCAGGUAGACAGCGGGGGACCUCUGGUUUGCAGCUACUGGAACACCAUGAAGUGGUUUCAGGUCGGCAUCGUCAGCUGGGGAGAAGAUUGUGCAGAAAAGCCAAACCAUGAGAUCUUAGUGUCUGUUUACAGCUACCGUGGCUGGAUCGAGACUGAGACAGCCAUAAGGGGGAAACCUUUCUUCAUUGAAGGCGUGGAUAACCGUGCAAAUGCCAGGGUGGUUCCUUCCAGCGCUGAGACACAGCUGCUGUUUCUUGAGUGUCGUCUCCUUUUAUUUGUCUCUUUAAUAGCAAUUAGAUUACUCUAG